CGACCGAUUCAAACGAAGUCAUAAUCCAGUAUUAAUCAGAACAUUUUAUUAUUAAAAUGAUUUGUUUAGCAUUCCCAGUAGUUGUGCUAGGGGCCAUUCUCGGAGUGAAAUCGCACGAACUAGAUGCUUCGCCAUUCGUAAUCAACGGUCAGAUUGCGGAUUAUGUACCGCAUAAUGCAUACAUCCUCUUUAUGACUGAUCAACUGGCUGGUUUCUUUGGUGGUGGUUCCUUGAUCAGUGAUCGUCACAUUCUAACAGCUGCUCAAAACAUCAAAGGUUACUCUAUAUGGGAUGUCGGUCUGGGCGGAGAUUCUGUUUUCGGCAAUCAAAAAUUCUACAGGUCGGUCAACGCCCUAACCCAUCCGCAGUUCAAUGCUACCACCCGAGAUAAUGAUGUCGGAAUCAUUUUCCUUCCCUUCCCGAUAGACAUCAGCGGGCCCGCCAUCAAACCAAUUUCGCUUCCGUCAGCAGAUGAAACCGCUAUACUUCCACUUACGAACGAGCAGGGCUACGUGGUUGGAUUUGGAUAUGAAAAAGAACCAGGUCCCAACACUGUUCUCAUGCAAGGCUUCCAACGAGUAACGAGUGAACCACGAUGCGCACAGUUCUACCAACCACGAGCUCAAGAACGCUUCUGUGCCGAAGACGCAACUGCCAAUGCGUGCAAUGGCGACAUCGGAGCCGGUUUCGUAACGCAUGUUCGGAACAGGCAGGUUCUGAUGGGAAUUGCCUCGGCCAUCAUGCAGAACUGUAACACUGGCACACCGACCAGUUAUACCCGUGUGAAACACUAUCUGGAUUGGAUUCAUCUGAUCGCAGGUCCAUACCUAGAAAAACAAAAUGAAUAAAUAAAUUUGAAAACAUAAAUUUUAUAAUCUCAUUUUAUCGUUAGGGAAAAAAUGAAUAAA